AUGGCACCCCCGCGCCGGCCGGCCACGCCGCCGACCCCUUCGCCGUCGCAGCUCCCGCCCGUCCCGUCCUCGCCGACGUACUCGUACGCCUCGACCGCGAACCCGAUAUCCCAGUUCAACCUGCCCCUGCCGCCGCCUCCGCGGCCGGCCCACGCCGUGCUGUCCCGCGCGGACCUCGACCUCUCGCACGCCGCCUACGCGGACCUGCUCGCCAGCGCCAAGGCCUACCGCGUCGCGCUCGCCGCCCUCGGCACCGCCGCCUCGAGCUUCGGCUCCGCCCUCGAGACCUGCGCGCGCCUCAAGGAGGCCCGCGCCGAGGCCAUCGGGCCCCUCCCCACGACGGGCCUCGGCAGCCACGACGGCGGCGGGCCCACGGCCGCGGCGGCCACCAUGUCGAGCUCCUUCGUCGCGGGGGCGGGGACCUCGUGCACGGCCGACCCGCUGCUGGCCAUCAGCGGCGUGCACCACCUCGUCGCCAACCACCAGCAGAUCCUGUCCGAGACCGUCUACCGCUCCUUCGAGGUGCCCCUGCUGCACGAGCUCGACAAGUGGCGCCGCGAGGUCGACGACGAGAACGAGGGGUACGAGUCCCGCGCGCGCGAGCAGUCGCGCGAGAUCCGCCGCCUCGAGAAGGAAGGGCUCAAGCUGCACCGCCAGCAGAAGCGCCGCGACGUCGCGCGCUUCCGCGAGCACCUCGUCGAGCUGACGGCCAAGCUCGACGGCCUGACGAGCCUGCACGCCGACCACGCGCGCGCCCUGCUGCGCGAGUGCCAGGAAACCAGCGCGCGCAUCGCCGACGCCAGCUGCAGCCUCGUGCGGGCCGAGGUCGACAUAUUCGAGAGCCUCGCGCGCAAGGGCUGGUCCGGCGGCGGGCUCGACGACGUCCUGGAGAAGGGGCACGACCUCUUUGCCGCGGCGGCCGAGGAGGAGCAGUUCGGGGCCGGCGGGGGCGACCCCGGGAGCAAGAUCUUCAGCAUACUGCCGCCGAAGAGCAUAUUGGCGGACUCGGCAAGCGAUUCGGCGGCCCUGCACAGUACACACGGGAGGUCGGAUAGCCUGACGGUUGACGGGACGGACCGAUAUCAGAGCCUGGAGGGUGCCCUUUCGCCAGUCAAGGGCAGUGGCGGAGGCGGCGGCGGCGAGACGGACAGUGUCUUCUCGGAACCUAUACGAGGACGGGGCAUCAUCCGGCCGUUUUCACCACAACCCGUAGCGGUUGAUCCAGAUGAGGUCAUGGGGCCGAGGCUCGAACCUCCAAGUCAGUCAUCCGCCUUUGAAGACCCGGACAAUACGCCGCGGCCGACGGCAUCCAAAAUUGCGCGAGAUAUAGCCAGCAAUGACGGAUACGAGGACGACGACGAUCCAUGGCGGCGCGAUGACGACGACGAACAUGAUGUAUCGAGAACUAGCUCGGUAGCUUCGAGUCAGAGAGCAAGGCGGGACAGUGUCACGUUGAACUGA